CUUAACAACUGAGCCACCCAGACAGCCCCCAGUCAAGCCUCUUAACACUUCAGCCACAUUUACAGACAAUUUCUUGGGUUACUUCCAUAUAUAACUAAUCAUAUACCUCACAUGUGUUUUUUUCACAUGGUUAUGUUGGAAGGCAGCCUUAUUUCCCCAUGUACAGACAAUUCUGAUAGGUCUGGGGUUCACAGGGCCUUACACAGAUAGAGGCAGACAGUUCUCUGGUCAGCUGGGCCCAGCAGAAAAAGAGGGGUAUGGGGAUGGACCUCAAGGAUAUGGUACAUUAGACCCAGAAACACUAGGCAAGUGUUGCCCGUGUCUCAUGACUCCUACAGUCUGUAAGACACAGAAGUUGCUCUGACACACAAAGAAAGGAAGCCUGCCUUUUUAGAGUCCUGGAGGGCAACAUUCCACUUGCCGAAAUCUCUAGGGGCUUGUUUUGCUUGACAAUAACAAGAGUGACAACAAUGUACUUAUCGGGUGCUGUAGUGGCUAUCAUUUGUUGAACACCAGCUAUGUACUGUGUUAAGUGUUUUAUGUAUAUUCUCUCACAUUUUGUAGCACCCUGUGAGAUAGGAAAUUAUCUCCAUUGUGUUGAUGAGAAAACCAAAGCUUUCUGAGGUUCAUUAGUUAACUCAGGAUUUCAGUGGAAAGUGUCAAGGUCAAGGCUCAAUUGCCCUUGGUGCAAAGUGCAUGCAGCCCAUCAACAGAGGGAAUCUCAUACUUGGAGCUCUCAGGCCAGGAGGAGGUAGAAGUUACACAAGUAAGACCUUUAAAAAGGUUAGGUCAUCAUGAGUUUAUAGAGCAGUACUAAAGGAAACUAGAACCUUGCAAAUUUAUAGCAGGUUCUUGGUGGAUAUUGAGUAAGUGAAUGAAUGAACAAACUCUCUAGGUUUGAAGACAGUGAAUGUCUUCCAAUAUUCAUCCCUGGUGCUGAAAUGAAGACAACAUAUAAGCAAGGGGUCCCAAGUUCUAGGCUUGGCUCUGCUUCCAACUCAUUUUGUGCCCUUGAGCAAAUCACUUUUGCCUUCUGAGGCCUUGGUUUCCUUAUCUGUGAGUGGUUCAUUCUCCAAGCCCCAGUGAUUUACCUCAAUAGUCGUAUGACUGAGGCCAUCCUGGAGCAUUGAUUGUGUUAGUUGCUGCAUCUGUGACAAGAAGGAUUUCAGGGCUGUUAGAAGAGUCAGCUAUUAUUGUCUGUUUUCUAAAAGCCCAUGCAGUGCCUUUGUGGGCAGUCAGAACUGGCAUCAGGUCCAGAGUAAAAUGGAAGGGUGUAUAUAUAAGAAAACAUUUACUGCUGAAGGGAAUGCUUAUUCAUUCUCUUUCUUAUUAACAAGGCACUUGACUCAUGCUUUGGAUAUUUGCUGUUCAGAUCAGAGAUGUGUUGUGUUUGUUGCUACCAAAAGCAGCCUCUGGAGCCUGGUUCCUCUUCCCUCGUACUACAGAGUCAGCUGCUCCAAGCCCUUUGGCUCUGGGAGCAGUUGGGUGUAUACUAUGGAAUGGAGUCAGAGGCAAAAAGACUGGAAGUCCCUUGGAAGAGAUGUGAGACACCAGAAUUUGAGGACCUUCCGGAGGAACUGGCCUGCGGAGCCCAGGCCUCUUGGAGCAUCUUUGGGGCUGACACUGCGGAGGUUCCGGGCACACGUGGCCACUCCCGCCAGGAGGCUGCCAUGCCCCACAUUCCCGAGGAGGAGGAGCCCCCUGGAGAGCCACAGGCAGCCCAGAGUCCCACCGGCCAAGGCCCUCACACUGCAGGAAUAUCCUGCAGUCCACCUACCAUCAUCUUGACUGGGGAUGCCAGUUCACCGGAAGGAGAAACUGACAAAAACUUGGUCAACAGAGCUCACAGUCCCCACAGGAGGCUUUCCCACCGACACUUGAAGGUUUCUACUGCUUCACUGACUUCUGUGGAUCCUGCAGGGCACGUUAUUGACCUGGUCAAUGACCAGCUGCCAGACAUCAGCAUCUCAGAAGAGGACAAGAAGAAAAACCUGGCGCUGCUUGAAGAAGCCAAGUCGGUGAGUGAACGAUUCCUGACCCGCCGUGGGAGGAAGUCCAGGAACGGCCCCGGAGACUCCCCGUCAGCUGUUUCCCCGAACCUCAGCCCCGGAGCUUCUCCGACAUCCUCUCAAAGCAACUCACUUACUGUCUCCACGCCACCUGGUUUGGAUGCAUGCAGUGGCCCACAGUCCCCUUUGCCUGGAGCACCACCGCAGCAGAAGGGGGAUGAGGCCGAACUCUCUUCACCUCAUCUUGGCGAGCCUAAUGUCUCCAAAGGGCUAGCUGACCGGAAGCAGAAUGACCAGAGGAAAGUGUCUCAGGGCAGGCUGACUCCUCGUUCUCCCACAACUGAGAAGUCCAAAGAGACUGCAAUUGAACAAAAGGAAAACUGCGCUCCCCUCCAGUGCCCUGAGGCCACACCCAAAGGCCCAGCUUCUGGCGUAGGCAGUGGUGGGAAAAUGGCCCUGAAUAGCCCUCAGCCUGGCCCUGCUGAAAAUGAGCUGGGAAAGGCACUUCUGAAGACAGCUAGGGAAGGCAACCCUCUGCCCAGAGGUCCAGCCCAGGGCUCUGGAGGGGUGGCUCCCCUGGGCCCUCAGGGAAAAGGUACAGCUGGAGAGCCAACAGGGUCAAAAUUUGGCUCCAAAGCUGAGCUGCGGCCCCCUGCUUCCCGGCCGCCCCUACAGCGGGGAGUCUCCUGGGACAGUGGUCCUGAAGAACCCGGCCCCCGGUUGCAGAAAGUGCUUGCCAAGCUGCCUCUGGCAGAGGAAGAGAAACGUUUUUCGGGCAAAGCUGGCAGCAAGUUGGCCAAGGCACCCGGACUCAAAGACUUUCAGAUACAAGUGCAGCCAGUACGGAUGCAAAAACUGUCUAAGCUCCGUGAGGAGCACAUCCUGAUAAGAAAUCAGAACUUAGUGGGGCUCAAGCUUCCAGAACUUAGUGAAGCGGCUGAGCAGGAAAAAGGGCUCCCUUCUGAACUCUCCUCAGCUAUUGAGGAAGAAGAGCCAAAGAGUGGCUUGGAUGUCAUGCCCAAUAUUUCUGACAUGCUGCUGCGCAAACUGCGGGUCCACAGGUCUCUCCCUGGAAGUGCCCCUCCGCUCACUGAAAAGGAAGUUGAGAACGUGUUUGUACAACUGUCCUUGGCCUUUAGAAAUGACAGCUACACUCUGGAAUCUAGAAUUAACCAGGCUGAAAGGGAACGCAACCUAACAGAGGAGAACACAGAGAAGGAACUGGAAAACUUCAAAGCUUCUAUUACGUCCUCAGCUUCACUAUGGCACCACUGUGAGCACCGAGAGACCUACCAGAAGCUGCUGGAGGAUAUCGCUGUCCUGCACCGCUUGGCUGCGCGCCUCUCCAGCAGAGCUGAGAUGGUGGGGGCCGUCCGCCAGGAAAAGCGCAUGUCAAAGGCAACAGAAGUAAUGAUGCAGUACGUGGAAAAUCUGAAGAGGACGUAUGAGAAAGACCAUGCAGAGCUCAUGGAGUUUAAAAAACUUGCAAAUCAGAAUUCAAGCCGCAGCUGUGGCCCCUCUGAAGAUGGAGUCCCUCGAACAGCGCGGUCCAUGUCCCUCACACUGGGAAAGAACAUGCCCCGCCGGAGGGUCAGCGUUGCAGUGGUUCCCAAGUUUAAUGCCCUGAACAUGGGGGGUCAAACUCCCAGCUCAUCACCCAUCCCCUCCUUACCAGCCCUGUCAGAAUCACCCAACGGGAAAGGCAAUCUACCUGUCACCUCAGCACUGCCUGCACUUUUGGAAAAUGGAAAAACAAAUGGGGACCCAGAUUGUGAAGCCUCUGCUCCCAUGCCGACUUUGAGUUGCCUGGAGGAGAUUAGCCAAGAGACCAAGGCCAGGAUGGAGGAGGAAGCAUACAACAAGGGAUACCAGGAAGGUCUAAACAAAACCCAAGAGCUUCAAGACCUGAAGGAGGAGGAAGAAGAACAGAAGGGUGAAAACCCUGAAGAAACUGAAGAGGCAGAAGAAACUGAGGAAGAAGAAAAGGACCAAAGAAGCAGCAAACUUGAAGGAUUGGUUCAUUUCUUACAAGUCAUGUAUCCCAAACUGUGUCAGCACUGGCAAGUCAUCUGGAUGAUGGCCACAGUGAUGCUGGUCUUGACUGUCGUGCUGGGGCUCUACAGUUCCUAUAACUCUUGUGUGGAGCAGGCUGAUGGGCCCCUUGGGAGAUCCACUUGUUCAGCAGCCCAGAGGGACUCGUGGUGGAGCUCAGGACUCCAGCAUGAGCAACCUGCAGAGCAGUAGGAAACCUGACACCCAGGUGGUGCCCUGCUCCAGCACACAGCUGACUGCCCUUCCCCAAGCAUAGUGUUUCAGGCCGGGUGUGGGCAUGCUGCCGCUAGCCCAUCAAGAAAUGAGCAGGGUUCUUUCACACUCAGCACCCACGUGGGAGCUAUGCAUGUACAGAAACUGAUGUUUUUGGAAGAUCAACAAAACUGCCCUCGUAAAGCAUCUGGGGGAUGAAGUCACCUUUACCAAGGAACUCUAACAGAAGGGAAAGUCAUCUGCCCCUAGCUCAGAUGGCUGGGGAAAAUAAAACACCUUCACUGCAGGAGAUAGUAAGAAGCUCACUCUCCCUCCCCUUUUUCCUCUCUGUAGUCAGAAAUCAAGACGAAUUAAUUAUGUCCAAAGGCUAACACUGACCCUGACGAUCAGACCUAGAAUUUGGAGUCACAACGUGAAUAUCAUCCCAUUUCCUAUCUCAUCGUCACUGACUCUCCUUCAGCCUCCCCUCCUCCCCUUUGGAACCAGAGUUUCUCUUUACAGAAGUAGGAAAGGUUUCUCAGAAAAAUAUUUAGGCUGAAUUUAGACCAGUGCUUGAAAUGACAUGGGAAGAUGUGAGUUAAUAUAUAUGCAUCUGUAUACACACACAACACGUACAUACACACAGCAUGCAUGUGCAUGAAGCCAAUGCCCCUGCAAACGUGCUCUCAGUGUGUGUUCUGGAUAAAGCCAACACACAGAAUUUUCACUAGGUGUGGGGCAGUCACCAGGCACCUGUUCAAUGAGCUCUCCACAUGGAUUUAAGAUGUUUGAAAAGCACUGAAAACUCAUGGUUUCAACAGUGAACUUGCCGGUCUCCGUUUCAAGUGCUAAUUCUAAGCUGUUGUAUAACACAGUCUAUUCCCUAUUUGUCCUCUCCUAUUGAGAGCAGUUAACCCACCUCUCAGGUGAAGGAGGAGACACAGUGUACUUUCAGCUCCUGUGUGCCCACAUGCAAACGUGCAGUUGCACCUUAGUGCUUUAGUUCAAAUGGGAUUUCCAACCCUAUUAUGUUUCAGAGCAUUCCCAAUUGUUUGGCAUAAAACUGAAGGAGCACAUCCCAUCUCCAAUUUGACUGCUUGCUCCACCUUUACAGCCACUGCUUUCAUUCACCCCUCAUCAGUUUUGGGGGGUGUUGGUUUCUUGUGGGUUUUAUUGUGGUUGUUCUGCUCUUGUUUUUGUUUUGUUGUUGAUGUUGUUUUGUUGCUAACACUCAUAUAGAACUUACUAUGAGCCAAGCACUGUUAUAGGUAUUAUAUAGGUAUUAAUUCAUUUAAUCCAAAAAAAAAAAAGGAAAAAAACUAUGAGGUGGGUACUAAUCUCCCCAUUUUCAGAUAAGGAAAUUGAAGCACAAAAAUACAACUUGCCAAGUACAUCCAGUUAGUAAAUUGUGGGCCAGGAACUCAAACCCAGGCAAACAAGCCCCUGCACAAAAUUGCCUUUUCCAGUGGUCUCCUAACUGCAUGCCUUUCAUUUCAGUCCCACUUCCCCAAGUAGCCCUCCAACUACUCCAGAUUAUUUCUGGUUCCCAGACUAAAUCAUUUUCUCAUAGUUCUUUUCCUCCACUCACCAGUUUUUCUUCUGCCAUUCUCCUCUUUUCUACUGGUUACUCUUCAGAACCAAAUGCAAAAAUUAUCCCCUCCAUACAGGCUUUGAUGAUCUCGCUCCGACUCCCUAGUCACAUAAUAGGUCACACCAUCUUCUGUACUCUCUAAACAUCUUCAUUAUUGACAACUGUGACAUUAUAUCACAAUAACUUUUUUGUGUAUCUAUCUCCCCUGCUAUUUUUGCUCAAAGACAAGAACCAUAUCUGACCCAUUCUCUGGGGUAAGUACCUAGCAUGGUGGCUGACACAUGGGAGGGUGUCAUUAAAUGUUGGCCAAAAGAACAAGUGAGAAUUAGAGGUGGUAGACAACAGCCUAGAGACAGCUGACGUUUUGCACACUUCCCAGUCCCAGAACCAUCACUGCCACUAUCUCAAUAAGAAAAAUAUCCUUAUUAGCCUCAACUUAUUCUAUUAUUUCUCAGCCUACUCUGUGAAAGAGCAAAAAUGAGACCUAACUGGCAACACCAUUCCAAGCUCAAGGACCGGGCUUGAUGCAACCACUCCUUUCAGAAAGACCCACCUAGAUCAGCCCUACUGUAAAACAGCAUGUUGUUUAAAGGUGGGGAGGGCAUCCUUUACAGUGGCUAGAAAAGCACUGUGAGAGAAGCCCAAGCCAGGGUUGACCAAGAAUGUGCCAUUAAGGUAAAGAGGUGCAGAUCAAGACAGAGGGACUUUCGGGGCCUGGAAAGAUGGUUUUCUCUGCUGUACCAGGGGGACUGGACAUACCGAAAAAUCUUUUAGGCCUUCAGAGUCACAGGCAGGAUGCAAAUGGAGCUCCAGAGACAGUAGCUGUGGGGCAGGACUCUGUGCUGGCAAUGUUCAGCCUCAGCCUCCCUUAAAGAAGGAGCAGGCUGAACUGGCCCACUCUCCACUUGGCCACAGGGGUCCCACCUUUGUUACCAAUUAAAAGAAAGGCCAGGAGAGCAGCUACAGUGAGCUCCUGAACCUCCAGCUACUCCAUAGAAAAGCCUGCAAGUGUACUUCCAAACAUAGGCCCUCACCCCAAGUACUCUGUAAGAAAGGUCAAAGAAAAGAAGAACUGUAAGAGUAACAUUUCCAAGGGCAUUCCUGAAAAAAAAGUACUCAUCAGCAUUUCUUUUCUGAAAAGCAAAGUUUGAUCUGAAGCAGGUAGAACAUUACCAAAGCGGCAGUGAAAUGGAGAGAAAUGGCUGGCCCCUGUCUUUCCAACAGUGAUAUUGAUCUAAAAUAAAAGUUCCCCUCAAAAUGCCUCUGAAGUCUGACAUUUCUGCUUAGCCCUAGGACUCUGGGUGCCUAUCUUAAGUUUCAGUGAUGUGUAGUUUGUGUUGAUAUCACCUCCUAAAAGGGCCUUCACUUUCUGGCUGCCACAAAAUCCAUAUAUAUCCUUCCCUGUGUACAGCCUGGGAGAGUAUAUGGAAAGGGAGAGGUCAGAUUUGUGUAUCACUGGCUGUCAGUUCCUAAUGUUGUUAAACCUCACACAGGUGUGCUAGCAUUGAACUAUAGAGUGUCACAUACCUGAGUUUGAAAAUAAAAGCACAUUUCCAAA